AUGAGUGCCGCAGAACAGGAGCCCAUCGCCGUUAUCGGCAUGUCAUGCCGCUUCCCCGGAGGUUCCAACUCUCCGUCGAAGCUCUGGGACUUGCUCAAAGCGCCCCAUGACAUUGCAAAGCCGGUCCCCGCUGACCGGUUCGACUCGGCAGGCUUCUUCCAUGCGAAUGGCUCGCACCACGGAGCCACGGACUGCAACGAGGCCUACUUCCUCGACGAGGAUGUCACCCGCUUCGACAAUGCUUUCUUCAACGUUCAGCCGGGCGAGGCCGAGGCCCUCGACCCCCAACAGCGCUUUCUGAUGGAGACCAUCUACGAUUCGCUGUGUUCUGCCGGCCAGACCAUCGAGGGCCUGCGCGGCUCGCGCGCGGCCGUGUACGUGGGCCUGAUGUGCGACGACUGGUCGCAGAUGAACAGCCGCGACUGGGACCUGGUGCCCACGUACGCGGCCACGGGAACCAGCCGUGCCGUCGUCUCCAACCGUGUCUCGUACUUUUUCGACUGGCACGGCCCCAGCAUGACUAUCGACACGGCUUGCUCCUCGUCGCUGGUCGCUGUUCAUGAGGGUGUCAAUGCCCUACGCAGGGGCGAGUGCCCUGUUGUGGUGGCCGCGGGCGCGAAUAUGAUCCUGUCGCCCGGAAUGAUGAUUGCUGAGAGCAAUCUGCACAUGUUGUCGCCCACAGGGCGGAGUAAGAUGUGGGAUGCCUCCGCUGACGGCUAUGCCCGUGGCGAGGGUAUUGCGGCGGUUGUGUUGAAGCCGCUGAGCGCUGCCCUGAGAGACGGAGAUCCCAUCAACUGCGUGAUCCGUGGCACCGGGGUCAACCAGGACGGCAGGACCCCCGGCUUGACGAUGCCCAACAACGUGGCGCAGACGGACCUCAUCCGUGACACAUACGAGCGCGCCGGCCUCAACCUUCAAGACCCGAAGGACCGCCCGCAGUUCUUCCACGCCCACGGCACCGGAACGCCGGCCGGUGACCCGCAGGAGGCCGAGGCAAUCUCGCGGGCGUUUUAUGACGGAGGAAGCCCGAAGGAUCCCCUCUUUGUAGGAUCGAUCAAGACCGUCAUUGGGCACACCGAGGGUACUGCUGGCUUGGCGAGUUUGAUCGGAACCUGCUUGGCCAUGCAGCACAACACCAUCCCUCCCAACCUUCACUUCAACUCGCUGAGCUCCCGGGUCGCGGAAUUCUGCAGCAACCUCCGCGUUCCCACCAAGGCCCUGACCUGGCCAACUCCGGUGGCCGGACAACCGCGCCGUGCCAGUGUCAACAGUUUCGGCUUUGGCGGCACCAACGCCCACGCCAUUAUCGAGAGCUACGAGGCUGCCCCGGUGGAGAAGCGCACCGUUAGCACCACCGUGCCGGCUUUCACGCCGCUCACGGUCUCGGCAGCCUCCGCGUCUGCUCUCCGCACGACGCUGUCGGAGCUCAGUGACUUCGUGCAGACCCACCCCGACAUUGACCUGCGCGACCUGGCCUACACGCUGCAGCACCGUCGGUCCACUCUUGCAUUCCGCAAGUCGAUCGCGGUCGAGAACCUCGAGGGCGUUGUCGCUACCAUCGGCGCCCUGCUUAGCGAGGGCGGUGCCGGAGACGGCGGCCUGACGUCCCGCUACUUCGACUCCCAAGACCCCAAGAUCCUUGGUGUGUUCACUGGCCAGGGCGCGCAGUGGCCACGCAUGGGCGCACUCCUGCUCGAGCAGUCGCCCUACGUUAGCGAGCUGCUCACCCAGCUGGACCAGGCGCUAGCUACGCUCCCCGAGGGUGACCGUCCUGACUGGACGCUGCGUGGCCAGAUCCUCGCCGAGGCGGCCCAGUCCCGGCUCUCCGAGGCGGCUAUCUCCCAGCCCCUCUGUACGGCCGUCCAAAUUGUGCUUGUGGACCUCCUGACCCAAGCUGGUAUCAAGCUGAGCGGCGUGGUUGGCCACUCGUCUGGCGAGAUCGCUGCGGCGUACGCGGCUGGGUUCCUCUCCGCCACAGACGCCAUCCGCGUUGCUUAUUACCGCGGUCUGUACGCCAAGCUGGCAGGCUCCCCGGCGGGCCGUGGUUCCAUGUUGGCCGUUGGCACGUCAUUCGAGGACGCGCUCGAGUUUUGUGAGCUGGAGGAGUUCGAGGGCCGCAUUAAGGUGGCCGCGCGCAACUCGUCCAACAGUGUUACCCUGUCUGGUGAUGAGGACGCCAUCGAGGAGGCCCUCGAGAUUUACAAGGACGAAGGCCGGUUCGCCCGCCAACUGCGUGUCGAUACCGCCUACCACUCGCACCACAUGGAGCCGUGCGCGGUCCCGUACCUCGAUGCCCUGGCCCGAUGUGAGAUCAAGGUAGGUGAAGGGAACGGUAUCCCGUGGUACUCGAGCGUGGUCGAGAACCAUGUCAUGUCCACGGCGGACGUGCAGCCACAGUACUGGGUCGACAACAUGACCAGCGCCGUCCUCUUCUCCCCGGCUGUGGCGCACGCCGUCGCCGAGGGUGGGCAGUUCGACCUCGGUCUGGAGGUUGGCCCCCACCCGGCGCUCAAGGGCCCAUGCCUCGACACCGUGGAAGAGGCAGCCGGCCACCGGAUCCCUUACACGGGCCUGCUGGGCCGGAACAAGAACGAUGUUCUGGAGCUUUCCUCGGCGCUCGGCUUCAUCUGGACUCAGCUGGGUGCCGGCUCGGUCGACUUCGACCGCCUCGAGAGGGCCAUCUCGGGUGGCCCGUACCCCAAGAAGGUGGUCGCCGACCUGCCGACGUAUCCUUUCGACCACUCCCGUUCGUUCUACACGCUCACGCGUUUCUCGGGCGCCCAUCGCAACAUGCACGCGCCGCCCAACCCGAUCCUUGGUCGGCGGUGCGUUGAGAGUGAGACCGCCGACGAGGUCUCGUGGCGUAACAUCCUGAAGUCCGGCGAGAUUAGCUGGCUUCAGGGGCAUCAGCUUCAGGGACAGACCGUCUUCCCUGCCAUGGGCUACAUCGCCAUGUGUGUUGAAGCCGCGGCAGUCCUCGCGGGGCCCGAACGCCCGCUUGGCCUCGUCACCCUGGAGGACGUUAUCAUUGGCCGCGCGCUCGCCUUCCAGAAUGAGAGUGUCGGCAUGGAGUCCAAGGUCACAGUCAAGAUCGACUACACUAGCGACGACGAACUCCGCGGCCACAUCGCGUGCCACUCCGGCCUCCCCUUCGACAGCGCCGCGCCUCUGGCCCUGAACUUCAGCGCGAACAUCCACGUCCACUUCCACGAGCCGCGGGCGGAUACCCUCCCCGCAGUCCGGGCCGACGAGAUCAGCCUGGUCAAGACCGACCCAGGUCGCCUCUACUCGCAGUUCACGCAGCUGGGCUACAACUACAGCCCGCCCUUCACGGGUGUAAAGGCCAUCGACCGGAAGCGCGGCUUCGCCACGGGCGAGAUCGAGGAUAUCUCGGGCGAGGGCUGGGAGGACCAGCUCAUUGUGCACCCCGGCUGGCUCGAUUCGGCCCUGCAGACCGCCUUCGCCGCCUACUCGUACCCCCACGAUAACCGGCUCUGGGCCCUCCACGUCCCGACCGAGAUCCGCACCGUCUCCAUCAACCCCUACUUCACCGCGCGUGGUCCUGGCGGCAGGACCCGCCAGCUCCAGUACCAGUCCACGGCGCGUGAGGGACUGGGCGCGCCUGUGGCGGCUGACAUUGACGUGUUUGCGGCCGGCGAGGGCGAGGGACACGCGUUUGUGCAGCUGGAGGCCGUCCAAGUAAAGCCUUUCGCUGCGGCGAGCGCACGGGAUGAUGCCAUCCUCUUCGCGCGGUUCGACUACCGCCUGGCCGGGCCCGAUGCCAUCGCCGCCGUCGAGGGUGACGACCUGUUGCCACCCAAGACCGAGGCGGUGGUCGAGACGAUUGAGCGCGUCGGCUUCUACUACCUGCGCCGCGUGCACGAGACCAUCACGCCGGCUGAGCGCGAGGCCACGCUGCCCCAUUUCCGUCAUCUCAUCGACCUCACUGGUCGCGUCGUGCCCCUGGUAGCAGCUGGCGAGCAUCCCCAUGUGCCGCGCGAGGCAAUCAAUGACUCGGCCUCGUACAUCCGCUCCCUGAUCGCCCGGUACCACGACCGCGCUGACAUUCAGCUCCUCGAGGCCGUGGGUGAGAACCUGGUGAGCGAGAUCCGCCGCAACGGUAUUAUGCUGGAGCACAUGAUGAAGGAUGGUAUCCUGGAUCGCUUCUACGAGGAGCUUGCUGGUCUUGACGUGGCCAACGUCUGGAUCGCCCGCAUGGUUGCCCAGGUUGCCCACCGUCACCCGCACCUGCGCAUCCUCGAGAUCGGUGCCGGCACUGGUGGCACCACACGUACCGUGCUCCCGAUGUUGGGAGAUGCCUUCCAGAGCUACACCUUCACCGAUAUCUCGGCCGGUUUCUUCGAGCGUGCCCAGGAGCGCUUCCGCACCUACGCCGACCGCAUGGUGUUCGCCACUUACAACAUGGAGCUUACCCCCGAGGAGCAGGGCUUCGAGGAGGGGAGCUACGACGUUGUCCUGGCAUCCAACGUGCUGCACGCUACGGGCCGGUUAGACGACAUGAUGGCCAACACGCGGCGCCUGUUGCGGCCGGGUGGCUACCUGAUGAUGCUGGAGUUCGUCAGCAACGACCGCACCGGUAUCACCGCCUGUAUGGGUGGUCUGCCCGGCUGGUGGGGCAACGGCAUCGUCGACCCGGCUCGCGGAGACGGACCGUGCCUGACACCGAAGCAGUGGGACGAGCUAGUCCGCCGCCACGGCUUCGGCGGUGUCGACACCCACUGCCCCGUCGAGAAGCACCUGCAGUGGUACACAGUGCACUUGUGCCAGGCCGUCGACGACCGCGUGCUAGCGCUGCGUGACCCUCUCGCGUCCCUCGAGCCCGCAGCCACCCUCGCCCCGCCCCCUGCCGAGCUCGUCAUUGUCGGUGGCACCACCGCGGCUGUCACCAAGCUCGUCGACGAGACCUCCGCCCUUCUCGCUUCCCGCUACAGCACCAUCACGCGGGUCGCCACGCUGGAAGAGCUCCAUGAGCGCGGCCUCGCCCUGGGUAGCUCUGUGCUCUCGCUGACCGAACUGGACAAGCAAUUCUUCGAAGAGCGCACCGAAGCCAAGCUCGAAGCCCUCAAGGGCCUGUGGCGCGCGGGCGGCAGCAUCGUGUGGGCAACCCGCGGCGUGCGCGACGCAGCGCCAUACUCGGCCAUGAUCCUGGGCCUGGCGCGCGUGGUGCGGUUCGAGUACCCCAACAUCAACCUGCAGAUCCUGGACUUCGACGAGGCGCCCACCGCGGCCGCCCUCGCCGCCGAUCUCGUCCGCCUCGAGAUGGGCCGCCACUGGAAGGAGGAGGGCGCCAACCUCCUGUGGAGCGUCGAGCCCGAGGCCCACUACGAGAACGGCCAGCUGUUCAUCCCGCGCAUGUACCCCGACCGCGACGCCAACGCCCGCUACAACACCCAGCGCCGUACUGUGGCCCGCGAGGUUGAUCCCCGUGAGACGAGCGUUGUGCUAGAGCCUGCGGGGCCAGCUGGGGAUGCGCUGGAGCUUUGCGCGCCUUCGCCCCUGCGUGUGGCUGCGUCGCCGAGGCCCGGGGCUGAGAAGACGGUUGAGAUUCUGGUGGAGCAGAGUGUGCUCCACGCCGUCAAGGUCCCUGGCGCUGGGUUCUUCUCCCUGUGCUCGGGCACUAACGCCGAGACGGGCAGGCCGCUGCUCGCGCUGGUGGACUCGCCGGUUGAGUCCCGCCUGCAUGUGCCGGUUGAGUGGACGGUGCAACUCCGGGAGCCGCUAUCCCGCACCGGGACUUUCUCUCUAGGGGAUGUUGCCAGCCAUCUUGUGGCCAGGGCUAUCCUCUCUGACGCCCCUGGCUUUGGCUCUCUGCUAGUGCACGAGGCCGAUGAACUUCUCAAGGAGGCCUUCGGGCGGGAAUCCGCCGGCCACGGUGCCAAUGUGGUGUUCACUACCGCGGACAAAAUGAAGGCCAAGGCCAAUGCCGGCUGGGUUCUUGUCCACGAGAAGCUCCCCGGACGUCUGGUCCAGAAGCUCCUCCCACACGACAUCUCGGCCUUCGCUGACCUCUCCAACUCCGAGGCUUCAGCGAGCGCCCAGCUCCUCGCCCGCUGUCUCCCGGCCUACACUCCCGUCGCGACCGCGCAGGACGUGAUCAGGGCCCAGGCUGGCGCGUCCCCUGAUGCCGCGCCUCAAGAUGUUGGCGCCGCCCUUAAGGCAGCCUGGCAAGCGGCCAGCCGGAAGCGCAAGGUUUCCCGGGCCCAAUCCCAGACCAACACUAGCACUGUCCUCGCGCUCCAGGACGUCGGCCGCAACGAUGCCCGGCACGCGCCCCUGAGCGUCGUCGACUGGAACGCUGCCUCGGUUUCCGUGGCACUGCGGCCCAUCGACGCCGGCACCAUCUUCCGGGCCGACGGCACCUACUUCCUCGUCGGUCUGUCUGGUGAGGUGGGCCAGUCCCUCUGUGGCUGGAUGGUGGCCCACGGUGCCCGUCACAUCGUACUCAGCAGUCGUCGGCCGAAGGUGCACCCGCGGUACAUUGAGGAGCUCGCAGCCCUGGGGGCGACUGUCCGGGUCAUGGCCCUGGACGUCACCAAGCGUGAAGCCCUCCGCGAGUGCUACGAUACUAUCCGCGCUGAGAUGCCGCCUAUCAUUGGUGUUGCCAACGGAGCGCUGCUGCUCGAGGACGCCCUGUUCGACAUGGUCCAGUUCGAGACCCUGCAGCGCACGGCGCCGCCCAAGGUCGAGGGCAGUGCCUUGUUGGACGAGCUAUUCUACGAUACGCCGCUCGACUUCUUCAUCCUGUUCACAUCCGUCGCCAACAUCACGGGUAACACGGGUCAGUCCGCCUAUGUUAUUGCCAACCAGUUUAUGACGGCCCUGGCCGCCCAGCGUCGUGAUAUCCGCGGUGUGCCCGGCUCGACCAUCGCCAUCAGCUCCGUUCAGGGAUUGGGCUACCUCGAGCACUCCGACAUUGACAAAGACCGUUUGGUGCGCUGGGGUUACCGCAACAUUUCCGAGCAGGACCUGCAUCUCCUGUUCGCUGAGGCUGUUCUCGCUGGCCGUCCGGGAGCUCCGGGCAUUGCCGAGGUCGUCACCAGCAUGUCGCCGUUCCGCGACAGCGUCGAGAUCCAGCCUAACUUGCGCUUCGACCCCAAGUUCCGCCACUAUAUCCUGCAACAGGCCGAGGACGGCGCCGGCGGUAACAAGGGCGGCGCGGGAGGUGCUGGCGGCAAGACGGUGCGCCCGCGCGCUCGCCUCGCAAACGUCACCUCGCAGGCCGAGGUAUUUGACGUGGUCCAGGACUCACUCACCGAGAACCUCAAGCGCAUCCUGAUGAUGCCGGCCACCGAGUCGGUCGACCCGAUGAUGUCUCUUGUCGAGCUGGGUAUCGACUCCAUUAUGGCGGUCGACCUCCGUACCUGGUUCCUCAAGGAGCUCGAUGUCGACGUGCCCGUUCUGAAGAUUCUGAGCCCUGGUGAGACGGUCAAGUCGCUCGCCGAGGAGGCCAUGGCAAAGAUCCCCGCCGACAUUGUCGACCUCACCAAACUUGCCGAGGGAGCGCCCAACGGUGGCAGCGCACCCGCUGCUGCGGCCCAGCCCACCCCGGUCGCCCCGGUCCCAGUCACCAAAAAGGUCAUUGACGAGCAGGCGAGUGAGCUCGGCGGGGCUAGCGUAACCACCCCCUCAACGCGCGCCGAGACGACUGCGAGCUCUCCAGCCCUGGUCUCUACGCCGGGUACCUCCCUGGAGAGACCCGACCAGGAGGAAGACAAGCAGCUGUUCCAGCCACCCCCGAGGCCCCAGGCCGCGGCCGGCACCAAGGAAGAUGCGGACAGCUGGCGCAAGGCCAUUGCUCGCGCGUCCACCGAGCACGUCGAGCACAUGACCUUCGGCCAGAGACGUUUCUGGUUCCUGAGCCACUACGUCGAUGAACCCACGACGUUCAACAUCGCCUAUCUGGGCAAGCUCACGGGCCGGCUCCGCGUCAACGACCUUGCCAAAGCGGUCGAGAAGGCCGCGCAGCGCCACGAGACUCUGCGCACGCGCUUCUUCUGGUCCAGCGACGAUACCCGGUCGCCCAUGCAGGGCAUCCUCUCGCAGACGCUAGUCCGCCUCGAGACCGCCACCAUCGAGACCGAGGCUCAGGCGUCCGAGGAGCUCGAGGCCAUGCGCAAGUACGAGUGGAACCUUGGCGACUGGGUGCCGCUGCGCAUGCGUCUGCUCUCGCUCUCGGAGACGUCGCACUACCUCAUCCUGGGCUCGCACCACAUCUCCAUGGAUGGCCACAGCUUCAGCGUCUUCCUCCUCGACAUCCACCAAGCGUACAACAACCCGGCUCGCCCUCUUCCCCCCAUGCCAGCCACCUCCCAAGCCCGCGCAUUCGGCCAGAGCCAGAUCGCCGCGUACGAGAGCGGCCAGCUGCGCCCCGCAAUUGAGCACUACCGCAAAGUACUCCCGGCAGCCGACCUGGCUCGCCCGAUCGAGCUCUUCCCCUUCGCGCGCACCAAAGUCCGCCCGCCUCUCGACCGCUACGGCACGCACGUCGCGCGCGCCCACCUCGGCGCCGACACCACGGCCAAGCUGAAGGCGCUCGCCCGCGGCCGCCGCGCCACCUCCUUCCACGCCUACCUCGGCACGCUGCAGGCCCUGCUCUUCCGUCUGCUGCCGACCGACACCACGGAGCGGGUGUACAUCGGCAUCGCCGACGCCAACCGGCUCGACAGCCGGUUCGCGACCAGCGUGGGCAACUUCCUCAACGUGCUGCCGCUGCGCUUCGACCGCACCAGCGGCGGUGGUGGGGCGACCUUUGGGCAGGCGAUCGAGACGGCGCGCGACAAGGCGCGCGACGCGCUCAAGCAUUCGGCGCUGCCGUUCGAUUUGUUGUUGGAUGAGGUCGGCGUGCCGCGCUCCAACGCCUGGGCGCCCGUGUUCCAGGUGUUUAUGAACUACCGCUUGGUGGUCAAGGAGCAUGCUGAUAAGCAGUGGGUUGGGUGCCGGAUUGGUGAGGAGCGCUGGCAUACCGCCCGUACCGGGUAUGAUGUGGCGCUGGAGAUUGUGGAGGAUCAUGAUGGUGCGACGCUGGCGAUGCAUGUGCAGCAGUCGCUGUAUGAUGCGGAUGCCGCGGAGUUGUUGGUUCGGAGCUUUGCCAAUGCGGUGAAGGAGUUUGCGGCCAAGGGUGAUGCUAUGGAGACUAACCAGCUGCAGAAGUGGGAUAAGCAGGACGUGGAAAAGGCGCUGGAGAUUGGAACUGCACCAGCCCUGAACCUCGAAUGGCCUGCGACCGUCGCCCAUCGUAUCGACGAGGUGAUUGCCCAGAAUCCAACGGCCGUUGCCCUCAAGGACGGCCUCGGGAACGUCCUCACUUACGCCCAGAUGGACGCACGUGUUGAGAGCAUUGCCAACGCCCUGCACGUGCGCCUGCCGCUCACCGUCGACAACAAGCCCCCCGUGGUUGGUGUCUUCCAGGCUCCCUCCGCAGACUGGAUCUGCUCCCUGGUCGCCAUCCACCGUAUCGGUGCCGUCUACCUGCCCCUAGAUCUCCGGAACUCGAUCCCCCGCCUGAAGAGCAACGUCGCUGUGGCGCGUCCGGCUGCCAUCCUUGUGGAUGCCGAGACCACGAGCCGCACGGCCGAACUCGAGGUCAAGGACGCGGUCCCCGCCAUCGAUGUAUCCCGCCUCGCCGCCAGCACCGCAGGCAGAAGGGCAACCGACACGGCCGCUGCCAAGGCCGACCAAGCCGCCUACAUCAUCUUCACGAGCGGCUCGACCGGUGAGCCCAAGGGCAUCGUCGUGACCCACGCCGGGCUCCGCAACAACCUCGAGGGUUACCAUCGCGCGUGGAACAUCCCCUCGCUUGCCGGCGUCGUCCUCCAGCAAGCCUCCUUCGGUUUCGACGCCUCCCUGCUCCAGGUCUACGCCGCGCUGACCACCGGCGGUUGCCUACUCGUCGUGCCUGCCGACGCCCGCGGUGAUCCGGCUGAGGUCACUCGCCUGAUGGUCGACCACGGUGUCACCAUGACCCAAGCCACGCCAUCCGAGUAUGAGAUGUGGCUCCGCUUCGCCCCGGACCAACUACGCCGCUGCACUUCUUGGAAGGCGGCGUGGUUCGGUGGUGAGCGCGCCGCGCCGGGCCUGGUCCGCAGCUUCCGCGAUCUAUGCGUCGAGCUACCCAACCUCGCCGUCUACACCAGCUACGGUCCGACCGAGUCCACCAUAUCGGCCAUGAAGGGCGUGGCCGACGUGCGCAACAACCCUAACCUGACCGUCCCUGUCCCCGGCCGCCUGCUGCCCAACUAUACGGCCUAUCUCGUCGAUGAUGAGAUGCGCCCGCUCCCCAUCGGCGUGCCGGGCGAGAUCCUGCUCGGUGGCGCCGGCGUUGGUAAGAACGAGUACCUCGGCCGGCCGGAUCUGACGGUGGAGGCAUUCAUUUCCAGUCCCUUCACCGUUCCCGGCGACGGCGGCAGUCCCGCGCGCCUGUACCGCACCGGUGACUACGGCCGUCUGGACAAAUCCGGUUUCCUAGCCAUCGAAGGCCGCAUCGCCGGCGACACGCAAGUCAAGCUGCGCGGUUUCCGCAUCGAGCUAGCCGAGAUCGAGCGCGUCAUGCUCCGCGAGUCCGACGGCCAGCUCGCCCAGGUCGUCGUCACGGCCCGCGGCGUUGACGACGGCCAGGAGGACGGUUUCCUCGCCGCCCACGUGGUCCUCGACAACCAAGACACCACCACCGCCGACACCGCCAAGGUCCUCGACAAGCUCCGCGCCCGCCUGCCGCUCAGCCUGCCGCAGUACAUGUGCCCGGCGGUGAUCGUCCCCCUCCCCGAGGUCCCGCUAACCUCCAACUCCAAAGUCGACCGCCGCGCCGUCCAAGCCCUCCCCCUCCCGGAGACCACCACCACCACCACCACCACCACCACCACCAACGACGGCACGCAACCCCUGCAACCCCUCACCCCCACCGAAACGCAACUCGCGGCCCUCUGGACCAGCGUCCUCCCGCAGCGCGGCCUCGCCGCGGGCGGCGCCCUCCAGCCGCGGACCGACUUCUUCGCGGCGGGCGGCAACUCGCUGCUGCUGGUCAAGCUUCAGGCGGCCGUCAAGCGCGAGUUUGGCGACGCGCCGCGCCUGAGCAAGCUCAUGAGCGCCACCGAGCUGGGCAGCAUGGCCGCGCUGCUGGAGCAGACGGGCGCGGGCGCGCUGGAUUGGGGAAAAGAGACGGCGCUCGAUCUGAGCCGCCCCAGUGAGGUGCCGGUGAAGGUUCGUGAGAAUGGGGCUGGCCUCCGUGUGUUGGUUACUGGCGCGUCCGGGUCGCUGGGUAAGCGCAUUGUGCGGCGGCUGGCGGGCGACGGUCGGGUUGCCGCUGUCGUGUGCCUGGUGCGCCCGGCCGAAGGCCGCGAUCCGGCCAACCUCUUCUUCGCCCAAGGCCAGGCCGAGAACGCCAAGGUGCGCGUGGUGACAGCCGACCUGCCCACCAUCCCCACCGACCACCCGGACCUCGCCAUCAACAACAUCGACGCGGUCGUCCACUGCGCCGCCGACCGCUCCUUCUGGGACGGCUACAACGCAGUCAAGCCCGUCAACGUGGACGCGCUCAAGACGCUCGCCUCCCUCUCCCUCCGCGCCGGCGCCCGCCUGCACGCGCUCAGCUCGGGCGCGCUCGCCGCGUUCCAGGACCCCAGCGACGAAAGCGCCCAAGCCACCCUCCCGCGCCCCAGCCCCGCCGACGGCUACAUGGCGUCCAAGUGGGUAGCAGAGCGGUACCUCGCCCGCGCGGCGCGCGAAGCCGGUCUCCGCGUGACGGCGCACCGGCCGAGCGAGGCCGUCCCCGCGUCGCAGAAGGAGAGCGCCGACGUGCUGGCGGCCAUGGCCGGCGACAUGCUGCGGCUGUCGGCCAGCCUGGGUGUGCGGCCCGACUACGCGCGUCUGUCGGGGUCGUUUGAUGUGGGGCGGAUUGAGGAUGUGGCGGCGGCCGUUGCGGGCGAGGUUACCGCUGAUGUUGGCCAGAGUGGAAAGGCUGAGGCCAUGCACACUGUUUCGUAUCCGGGCAUGGCGCGCGUUCAGAUCACCGAGUUAGCGGCGUAUGCUGAGUCGCUGCUCGCUGCUGGAGGUGCUGAUGCGGAUGUUGUGCGGGGGCUGCCGACGGUGCCUGCGCUGCACUGGGUUGGCCUGGCAAAGCGCGCUGGGCUGUUUGAGUGGUUGUUGACGGCGCAGCACUUGGUUGUUGAUGAUGAGGAGGGCCGCAAGAUUGUGUCGAGGCGUUGAGAUGGUGACGUGACUGCGAUUGGAAUUUGGAUCAUUGGAUAAAUGGAAUUGGGUGGCGUAUGGAUUUGUUCUGUUCCUUUGUUCAUCUUCAUAUCAGUUGUAUGGGGCGUUUGCGAUGUUGGACGGGUUUGGACGGGUUCUUGUCUCUUUUGUUUUUCAAUUAAUUAUUAAGUGAAGGAAAGUCGUGGAUUUGUUGAUGCAGAGGUUUCAUGGUGCAAACUGCUUGGCGGAAAACAAACCGAAGCCUUUCAGCGGGUCCAAGUUUGAAGAUUGCUCGUUCCUCCGUUCCGUACUUUCCAUAUUCUCUAUCUCCUUGUCGGCUUAAAACCACUACUACUAAUUGCGUAUAUACAUGUAUUUCUCAAGUCAGAAUGAACAGUCUUCCGAUUCCCAACACCCCCUUGAGCCCAUCCAGCAUUGUGUGUGAAGUAGGUAGGUACCUACCUAAGCUAAAAGUUUAGAAGAACUCUCGGCGGCCUUUCAUCCGCC